AUGCAUGGGGGAGUUCGUGACAAACGGACAUCGUUAUUGCACAACUGCGUUGAGCUGAAUGCCCUGGCUGCAAGGUGUGACAAGUCUCACCAGCACAAGGAGUGGUCAGUAAGCAGGACAUUGGAUGGCAAGUGGGCGUAUGAUGCCUCAAGCGAGGCUGAGUACCCCCUCCAGCUUUGUCAGAAGAUUGCAGCAAUCAUCAGUCGUUGUGCAGUUUCCAAACGUUUGCCAAUCAGUUUAGAACCUAAAGGGCCCUCACCAGUCAUACAGUCCAAUGCGGCAUGGAAAAUCGCUGCGGGGAGACAACCCCGUGGCCGCCGUAGCCCAGGUAUGCUCCCUGAAGAUGGACAGGUCGUGGACCUCCUGGUGACUGCCCAGGUGGACCUCAAUGUGGUCCAGCACUGGAAGGGACGGGUUGACCGUGAGAUCACCCUUGCAGGCAGAGUUUUUCCAGCAGGUUCCAGGCUUAUUAGUGCAGUACCGUCCAACAAUAGCGGGGAAGAGUGCGGGGACGAGUUCAAAUCGGUGCAUAUGUCAGUACUGGUUGGAAUCCCCAUGACUUUCCAAGACAGCAUUAGGAGGUCCUUGGAGCUGGUGCACCCUUUUGACACAUGUCAACAGGUGCCUGACCACGUCCUCACAGCCAUGUUUCAUGUGGUCACCAAGGGGACUGACUGGAUACAUGAAGAGCGUGUUAAACGAUUGAGAUGGCUGAAGAGGAGGGCGGCAGAGUUGGCGCCCAGAGAGCUGGAAUUUCACAGGGCAAUGGAACCUAAGGUAGCCGAAAUCUUGCAAGGCAAGAGUCUUCUGCUUUUUGACGAAGUCUUGAGACAAGUUGGGUAUGGGGACACCAACCUGGCUCAUGACAUAGCAGUUGGGUUACCCAUCACAGGUCAAGGCCGGGACACAGGUUGUUUCCAGCCAGAGUUCAAACCUGCACAGCUUACACAAGAUGAUUUGUGGAAGAUUGCAAAGUAUUCACAGGAGGAGGUCAAGUCGAAAAUCCCACCUCACAUGGCCAAGCGGGAGGUUCAAGUCGAUGGCAGGCCUGUUGACGUUGCCCAGGAAGUCUGGGCAUCGACCAUCUCUGAGGUCGAGAAGGGUUGGCUUCAAGGACCUAUGUCGGCGGAGCAAGUGGGGGCAGUGGUAGGCAACUUGUGGACCCCAAGUAGGAGGUUUGGUAUUCUACAAGGGUCGAAGAUCCGCAACAUUGAUGACCUCAGUGAAUUUUCAGUCAAUCAGUGUUAUGGCCCAGGUGAGAAGCUGGACCUUGGUGGAGUGGACGAGGUGGUGGCGAUAUCUGCGGCUUGGAUGAGAGUCUUGGGACCCCCUGACAGACAAGAUGUUCAAGUGACAUUGAGUAGUGGAAUGCAGCUGUCAGGUCUGAAGGCACCAGAGUUCAGGUCGAAAGCUGUGGGUCUCAAGGGGAGAUGCAUGGACCUCAAGGUGAUCAUGGAGAGUGCCCUCAAGGUCCUGGGCUGGCAGAUAGCCGAGGAGCCAAAGAAGAGGCUCCCACCCAGCGACAGUUUCGUGGUUCUAGGUGUGGUGGUUGACCUCUCAGAAGCCGACAAGGGAGUCUGCAAAGUGAGGAACAAACCUGAAAGGGCCAGUGAGUUGAGAGAGGUGAUCAAGGAAGCCAAGAGCAUGGGAUCCUUUCCUCCUAGCAUGGCUGCAAGGGUAUAUGGUAGGCUCAACUUUGCAGAGUCGCAGUGUAGUGGGCGUUGGUUAGCACUGUUGCUCGAGCCCAUCAAACUCAGGUCUCUCAUGUGCAAGUAUGUCAAGAAGUUGAACAGCGAAGUGGAGGAGGCGCUGGUUCAAGCGGCCACUAUGUUGGAGUCAGCGCCACCCAGAAAGUUGAACGCUUGGGAUGUUGAACCCCCGUGCAUCAUCUUCACAGAUGGUGCUUAUGAAGGUGGUGUCGCAUCUUGUGGGGCAGUCAUGUUCUCACCAAGGACAGCCAAACCGAUUGCAUUUGGUUUUGAGGUACCGGGGGCCAUCACAGACCAGUGGAAGUCGUUUGGGCAUGAGCAGGUCAUAGCUCAAGCAGAGAUGCUGCCGAUAGUGGUGAUCAAAAGACAGUUUGUGAACCUAGUUGGUAGUGCAAGGGUCAUCUUUUUCAUUGACAAUGAGGGGGUGAAGGAAGCUUUUGUGAGCGGAACGACCAAGUCAGUCGCUAGCAGAAAGAUGUUGGUGGAAGCCAUGAUGAGAGACUCUGAAAACAACAGCUUAUCGUGGUACGCACGUGUUCCAUCACCAAGUAAUGUGGCAGACCCUCCAUCAAGGUUGGAAUGGGAAAAGCUUGACCAGAUCAUCGACUACCUGAAGGUUGAAGUCAUCUUGGACUACGAGAAGUGGGGGAAAGUGCGGGUAGUCCCAUGUUCUGUCCAUCAAGGUCUGAAAGGUUAG